AUGAUCAUGGAAGAUUGUGGGGAUUUUUCGGGAUAUUUAUCACGGUUAUUAUGGAUAUGCUGUGGUUUCUCUUUGGGUGUGGUGAGCAGUGGUCCUGAAAUUGUCACAAAAGAAAUUGUUAGCUACAGUUCCGCUGCCUUUGAAACUCUCCGAACUGUCGAAGGACUUCCGACGAUGAACUGCCAAAAUUAUGCGGAAGAUGACGGUGCUAUAUUUCCUACAGUUAAUGCAUGGAAGUCCCAGGGCACCAGGUUUCAUGUCGAUUCGUGUUCUAUCAGGCGAAUUCCCAAAACUGGAGUGGCUGGUCGCGGCCAAUCACAAGUAGCGGAUACAUCAGUAUACAUGAUCCAUGUUCAAGCUAGGCCUAGUGGAAAGAUGUGUUUGAUUCUAGACUCUAGCAUGCCACUUGUAUUACGGGAGACAGUAACGACUAUCACCCUUCUAGGUGAGGCGUAUUUACAUGUAAUUAUACGUAGAGAGGGUAUCAAAGGAGCUAAAGCAGAUCUAGUAGACUUGAACAUUUAUUUAAAUGUUUCAAGACAUGAAGAAAGUAGCCAGAUCAAGCUCCUAAAGAGCCUUGAUGUUCAUUAA